AUGACGGCCGCAGAAGAAGACCUACCGACCUCCGAGAAGACCGUACCGGCGGUCACGCCAGAAUGGAACCCUUCUCGUCAUCAGCUUGCCAUUAUGGCGGUUCUGUCCACCCUGUCGUUGAUGGUCGCGCUUGAUGCUUGUAUUAUCGUAACGUCAUUGAGCGCCAUUGUCAGCGAUUUGAAAGGCAGCACAACGCAAGGGUUCUGGGUUGGCACCGCUUAUCUCCUGGCGAACGCUGUUUCGAUGCCUUCUAUUGCCUCCUUAAGCGACAUUUUCGGUCGACCGGUGUGUCUCGUCAGCUCCGUAGGCGUCUUUGCGCUGGGUUCCCUUAUUUGUUGCCUCGCGACCAACAUGGGUGUCCUGAUUGUCGGCCGCUCCCUUCAGGGCGUGGGAGGAGCGGGGAUUAUCAUUUUGAGUCUCGUCAUCUUCACAGACCUUGUGCCCCUCCGUUUCCGACCGAAGUGGUACGGCACCGUGCUCGGGGCGUGGGCUCUUGGCAACUGCGCCGGUCCCGUCAUUGGUGGCGCAAUUGCGCAGAUGGCCACAUGGCGCUGGGUAUUCUACAUUAUGUUCCCAUUCUGUGGUGGUGGUCUUCUCCUCAUACCCUGGCUGGUGACCUUGAGACCGCCGACGGCUUCGGUAGGGGAGAAACUCGGCAGAGUCGACUGGCUGGGCAGCUCCUCGUUCAUAUCGUCUGCCACCCUCUUUCUCAUUGCAGUCUCUUGGGGGGGCAUCCAAUUCCGAUGGCUCAGUGCUGCCACGCUCGUCCCCUUGUGCCUUGGCGCGGCCGGGCUUCUCUGGACGGCGGCUUACGAGUGUCUCUUCGCCAGAGAACCGUUCCUGCAUUUGGGCCUCUUCUGGAAUGCCAGCUCAGCUGCGACCUACCUGUGCGGUGCCAUCCAAGGCCUUGUCAUUUAUGGCCAACUAUACUAUGUCCCCUUCUACUUUCUCGCUGUAAAGGGCUACAGCCCAAUCCAAACCGGUCUAGUUCUCUUGCCCGUCAUGGUCACGCUCGUCCCCGGCUCUAUCUUGACCGGCUUACUAGUAACCCGUACGAAUGACUACCGGUACCCGAUUUGGGCUGGGUGGGUCUUGACUACCGUGGCCUCGGGUCUGACCCUCAUCUGGAACGUUGACACCCCUGCUGCUCUGUGGGCCACCACUCUCGUGCUCCUUGGCUUCGGUCACGGCGCCAUCCUGAACGCUCAGAAUUUUGCGUCGCAAGCCAUGUGCAAUCGAGGAGAGGAGGGCACCGCGGCAGCCAUGUACGGCUUCCUUCGCCAGCUCGGCAUGGCGAUAGGCGUCGGCGUCGGUGGCUCUGCCUUCCAGAACAUGAUGUCGCUAAAGCUCAGGUGGGAGGGUUUGCCAACGGGUAUCGCCGCGGAGAGCGAGAGUCUCAUCGCCGAGCUGCUCAGAUUACCCGACAAUAGUGCGUUCAAAUCGCGGGUGCUUGACGCGUAUGUGUUUGGGUUUCGGGGUGUGUUUGCGGUAUACGUAGCCAUUUCGGGAGCUGCCCUGCUUUUGAGCCUGUUGAUCAAGCGGUUCGAGUUGGACAAGGAGCUUCAAACGGACCAUCGGCUGGCGGGCGAGGGAGAGCGACCCAUCACGGUUCGUAUGCGAACGAUAGUGAACCUACAGGGGCGCAGAGCAGAAGAGCAUCCGUAGAGAAUUCAUAUU